AGUUUAAAAAAAAGACACCGCUGUUUACCUCAACUUUACCCUAAUGGUGUACACAAUACAACCUUUCAUGAAUAUCUGACAUGAGGAAUAGAAUAAAUAAGUGUCCAACUGGGGGAAUUUUGCUGCACAUAUGGCCCUGUUUUCUUACAAAUAAGAUCCUACUCAAGCAUAAAACUAACAUUAUAGAAAGUUUUAUUUGGAGGGAAAAAACUUUAAAGUUUGUUAAAAUAUUUUUAUGUGAUUUAUUUUUGCUGCCAAAACAUAAAGGUGAAAUCCAACACCCUGAGGACAGUUAACGUAGCUUAGCACAAAGGUUGAAAUAUAACCAAAGUGUAGGACAGACAGUUAAUGAGGAGAAUAUGCACCAAACCUAUAGCAGCAACUUGCUGUAGCUUCCCAGUGAAACACCAGCCGGUUAGCAUAAGAACAGCUGGAAAAAGGAAGUAAAACUACCUCGGUGACCUACUGCCUGUAGGUGAGAGAAAUCCGCUUAUAAAGACAUCCAAAAGAUACUAAAUUCAUUGACUACACUCACUGGCCUCUUUGUUAUUCAACUGCUUAUUGACAAAAAUAUUGAAUUAGCCAAUUACAUGGCAGCAACUCAAUCUUUUUAGGUAUGUAGACGUACGAAAGUUCAAGUCAAGAAAGUCGAUUUAAGUUACUUUGUGUAAGUAUUUUUAAAAACUGCAGAUUUCCUGGGAUUUUCCGACACAGUCAUCUCUAGGGUUUAUAGAGAAUGGUCCAAAAAAAAAAAAAAAGAGCAAGCAGCAAGACCUCUGACCUCAACAAAGCAAUCAGAGGUCAGACUGAAUGGCCAGAUUGCUUUGGGCUGAAACCAAGGCAACUGUAGCUCAAAUAAUCACUUGUUACAACUAAGGCAUUCAGGGUAUGCAAAGGUUGCGCAAACAUGUUGCGCAUCUCUGAACAAAAAACUUUAACUUUGAAGCAGAUGGGCCACAGCAGCGGGUGCUACUUCUAUCAGCUAAGAACAGAGUUGCUCUCAGAAUAUGGGACCAAAACAGACUCACAUGCAUGAAGUCCAGCAGGCCAGCUUUCUGCUGAGAGCUGCUCUGCUGUGCAUCCUGCUGAGUGGCCUGCAGCACGUGCUGGCAGACUCAGAUGAGGAGGCCCCGACUGAGUGGGAGAUCUGGAAAAGCAGAUAUGGCAUAAGCUAUGAUGAAUUAGAUGACAUGGAAAGGAGAGUCAUCUGGGAGGAGAAUAAGCAGUUGAUUGAAGACAACAACCGAAGGUUUCUCAUGGGGAUGAAGUCAUUCAGUAUGGCCAUGAACAAAUAUGGAGACCUAACACAACAAGAAUACCGGGUUUUGCAAGGUGCCAAGAUGAAUGCUCAGUUUGUAAAGAGAGGGAAAGAAGUCUCAGCUCGAAGACUGCGUAACAGUGCAAGGCAUUUAGAUGGCUUUGCUGUUGACUACAGAAGCAUGGGUUUUGUGACUGAGGUUAAAGAUCAGGGCUUUUGUGGGUCAUGCUGGGCCUUCAGCACUACGGGAGCUAUAGAGGCACAGCUGUACAAAAAGACAGGUCAGCUGAUAUCCUUGAGCGAACAAAACUUGGUGGACUGUUCUAAAUCCUUUGGUACCUAUGGGUGCAGUGGUGCCUGGAUGGCCAAUGCUUAUGACUAUGUGGUUAGCAACGGGCUGGAGUCUUCAAACACCUACCCAUACACCUCAGUGGACACUCAGCCCUGUUUCUAUGACAGCAGUCUUGCAGUUGCUCACAUCAGGGACUACAGGUUCAUUCCCAGGGGAGAUGAGCAAGCUAUGGCUGAUGCUCUGGCAACUAUUGGACCAAUAACAGUUACUAUUGAUGCAGAUCAUGCAAGCUUCCUGUUCUACAGCUCAGGAAUAUAUGAUGAGCCCAACUGCAACCCCAAUAAUCUGAAUCAUGCAGUGCUGCUGGUCGGCUAUGGCUCACAGGAAGGCCAAGACUACUGGAUCAUCAAGAACAGUUGGGGAACUGGCUGGGGUGAAGGCGGCUAUAUGCGAAUCGUCCGGAAUGGCCAAAAUGCUUGUGGCCUCGCCAGCUACGCCUUGUACCCUAUUCUAUGAUUUAAUAAGAUGUGGGAGUCUCAAGGCUAUGCUCUUCCAUUGGACCUCAUCUCCACAAAACAACAGUCAGUGCUCAUACAGCCCAAAUCACCUUUCUGACAGUUUAAUAAAUGUUUAUGAAAAUAUUGACCAAACCUUUUGAUAAUGAACAUGUCACUUCUCUCAGGGACAUCUUUGUGAGGUAAAUAAAUAAAUAUAGUAAAAUAACUUUUUUAAAGGAAUGCAACCCUGUUUCCAAAAAUGUUUAGGCAUUGAGCAGAAUACAAUGAUUUACAAAUCACGUUAUGUUUGCAAUGUUAUUGCUUUUUGAAAAAUAUGUGAUUAAUGCCAGGGUCACCUUUUAAAUUUCCAAUUGCUGACACAUAAUUUCAGCAACUCAAAAGAUUAGAGCCGCCUUUGAUAUUUUCACUGGCUGAUAGGACUAAACUGGAAGCAGACCAGUUUAGAUUUGAACCCUUGCUGUUGCAUUAUGUGCAAAAUGUAGUUUGUCAAAGUCUCACCUGAAACAGACAUCCUGUAGAUGGCGAUAUUGCUCCAAAACCUUUAGAUAUUGUCCAAAAUUAGUGGAGCCUUUGCCCUGUGAAGUAAUGCCCCCCAACCUCACCAUAUCAUCAUAUACUGGAUUUUUUUGUUGCCCUCCUUUUUGUGUGACCUUCAUUCAUAGACUUUGUGUUAAACAUAGAUGUAGUUUCUUAGUCUGAAAAGUGAAUCCAGAGUGAAAGUGACUAAAAUCUCCAUUCUUUCUAACAGCCAACAGGGGGCGACUCUUCUGGUUUAAAAAAGAACUUAAAUUGUACAGAAGUCAGUAGGAAAAUGCUCCUCGGCUCCUGUGUUCUAUAACCUCAAUAAACACUUUCCUUAUGGAUUAAUCUUAUACACACUAACAUAUAGAUUUUGUAGAUUAGACCAUAUAAAGCAAAUCAGGGUACCCUGUAUAAGCAAUGUUAGUCACAGUUUAUUUGUAAUUUUCAUUGCCUGACUGCAAGUUUUUGUUAUUUUUGUUAGGCUGAAAUGAGAAAAAAAAUGAAAAUCUAACAAGAAAAAACUGAGCCUGGCCUCAACAAGAAUCUGUGAACAAACAGAACAAAUGUAAUGGUUAUUUUAAAAGUGAGUGCAAAUAAAGCUUUUACAUCUGUCUUGAUGCAUUCUCAAUCAUCCAGGAAAGUAAAUCUCCAAAAGUUGAAUCUGUU